AUGGAGCACUUGUAUGCGCCCUUCCAACAUGCGAUUGGGCCUGUGAUCGCCCAGCUCCCUGGGGAGGCCAGUGGUCGGGUCCCGGAUCAUGGCCUUUCUCAAAGAAGUAUAUGGCACUAUCGCACGCGGAGGGCGUCGGCUUUCAUCGCGACAGGGAACUUGCACCUGGCGGUUUUAUUGGCAUCAUGGGCAUUCAUACUACUGUCGAUCGGCCUGCGGCUACUUUAUCGAGCCUGUCGACCCAAAGCGCGGGAUAACCCCAAGCCGGCAGAUGGUCAGUCCGAGAUCCUGGUUCACCUUCCCUCCGCAUUUGCGCACCUGGCUGCUACCCUGGCGGCUUGUUGUCUGAGCUGGCUCGACAUGCAGGACGGCGCGAGCUGGAAACGUGCUCUGUUGAUAACGUACAUGGUGUCUCUGGGGAUCGGCUAUAUUUGCUGCAAGAAUAGUGGCUAUCGAACGCAGCUCUACCAGUACAUGAACGGUUUGGCGGUAGCCGCCUUGGUACUGGCCGUGGUGCAGGAUCUGGUGCCUAUGACAAUUGUCGAUGCGACGUAUCGGCCGAGCUCCAUUGGCGCAUCGAUAGUUGCUUGCUUGGCUGCUGUGGUGAUCAUUGUGCUUGCCACGCCCCGUCCUCGACGAUCCAUAACUCACGACACAGAGAUGGACGAGCGGUUGUCAAUGGAGGAGAAAGCGUCUCCGGAAGAGACAUGUUCCCUGUUCUCUUACUACUGCUCUUACGAAUGGAUCACCUAUGUGAUCUUUCGGGGCUGUCGCCGGGAUUUAACCAUGGAUGAUCUUCCUCCUCUGCCUUCCUACGAUGAGCCGUUGAAAUGGCUGGCGAAGAUCAAGAGACAGCGCCGCAAGGGCGGCAAAACCUUCCGCACACUGUGCCGCUUGCUCAAGACAGAGAUCAAAACGAUGAUGACUUGGUCUGCCCUAACAGCGGUAAUAGAUUUCAUGGCGCCAUAUUCGAUGUUGCGCCUGCUGGCGUAUUUGGAGGAUCCGGAGAGCGCGAUCUUUCACCCGGCGCUGUGGAUCGCGCUUCUCUUUGUCGGUCCAAUAACGCGUUCAUUGUGUUACCAGCAGUACAUCUUUACCUCUACUCGCCUUGUUGUUCGGGUGAAUGUCUCCCUCGUUCAGGAGCUUUAUCAGACUGCGAUGCGCUCAUACAUUUACGAUGGCUCUGUGGGUGAUCAUCGUCUCGCCAAGAAGCAGGAGAAAGCUCAGCACGGCGUGACCCAAGAACGUAUACCCAAAUCAAGUCAAGCAAAUCUGACGAGCUUGAUGUCUUACGAUGUUGAUGCCAUCUAUAAUUCCCGUGAUAUUUUCUAUCUGGCUACUGCAGGCCCCAUCUCCAUUACCUUGGCUGUCAUCUUCCUGUAUCAGAUGCUUGGAUGGCCGUCGCUGUUUGGUGUCUUGACGCUGCUAUGCUUGUCGCCUCUCCCUGCUCUGGCGUCACGGAAGGUAUCUCGCAUCCAACGCUCCGUCAUGCGCGCCACCGAUGCUCGUUUAUCUAAGAUCACUGAAUACUUGAACUCGAUCCGGACCCUGAAGUACUUUGGCUGGGAGCAUGCUGCCAUCGAUGCGAUCAAUGAGGUCCGGCGCGUGGAACAACGCCGUCUGUGGUGGAGGAGUGUGUAUGCUGCACUAAUCUCCAUGGCUGGAGAGCUCUUGCCGCUGCUAAGCUUACUGGUCAUGUUCUCGGUUUACAUUCUAUUUACAGGUCAACCUCUCCGAGCCCCUGUUGCCUUCACUUCUUUGUCCAUCAUGGAAACUCUGCGAGUUCUAUUUGUCUGGCUUUCAAAUGUCAGUAGGUACACCGCGCAGGGAUCAGAAUCACUGCGCCGCAUUGACAACUUCCUCGACACGGCGGAUGAAAUCAAACGACAUCCCGAGGGGCCAUUGGAAUUGAUUAACGCAACCUUCAGACCGACACCCAUUGCUGCUUUCCGGCUGGAUGAUUUGACUAUCAAGUUCAAGCCCAAUACACUCAACGUAGUUACCGGCCCAACUGGAAGCGGGAAGACGUCCCUGCUGCUCUCUUGUCUUGGUGAAACUGUCAUGGAAUCCGGUGCUGCGUAUUGUCCACGGGAUGUGGCAUAUGUCCCACAGGCUCCCUGGCUCCAGAACGAUACCAUUCGCCAGAACAUCACUUUCUACAGUCCAUUCGAGGAGAGUAGGUAUGCCAAUGUCAUCGAAGCAAGUGGCCUUGCGCAGGAUUUGAGACAGCUGUCCGCGGGCGACAUGACCAGGGUGGGAGAAAAGGGAACGUCUCUGUCCGGUGGCCAAAAGCAACGUGUAUCUCUUGCGCGAGCGUUGUACUCGACAUCUUCGACUUUGUUGCUGGAUGACGUUUUCUCCGCCCUCGACACUCACACUGCUAGUCUAGUGUAUGAAAGGUGUUUCCGCAGUGGUCUGCUCAACGAUCGAACUGUCGUAUUGUCCAUUAUCCGGCUCGAGCAUGGCAAGCUGGUUCCAAUUCAAGCUCUUCCGAGGACACUCACUCCGCCGGGCCAGCUACCUGUUGGUGAUGAGCCGAUUGUAGAGCGACCAUCAAACUCCCGGUCAGAUCUCCCUGUGUCCCCUGUUCCUCCUGUGACAGAGCAGCAGGCCGCGCAAGGACGCAUCGUCGAAGAGACAUCUUCUACCGGACGUGUCCCUCGAACAUUGAUGUUCAGCUAUAUGCGUCUCUUUGGUGGCCUUGGGUACGCUCCCCUUGUUAUAUUCGCCACGAUCUCGGUGCAGUUCGCCUACUUCUCCAUCACAUAUUGGCUUUCAAUUUGGACUGGGGCGUACGAGGAGAAGAAGAGCGUAAACACUCUGUUUUACUUGGGGAUCUAUGCGGCAGCUAUCUUCACAUUUCUCAUCCUGCAAGUCUGCAACAACCUUAUAUAUCAGUAUGGAAGCUGGGUGGCCGCCAAGACCAUGCACAAAAGGCUGGUGACCGCCGUGCUCUCGGCACCUAUUGCUUGGUUUGAUCAGAAUCCGAUUGGACGCGCCAUCAAUCGGUUUGGGAACGAUACGCGGUCGAUGGACACGAUCCUGGUGGAGUGGCUGCGGAUGUCUAUCGAGAACGCGCUACGGUUCUUGCUCCGAAUCGCAAGCGUCGCUUCCAUCAUGCCAAUCUUUGCACUUCCCGCCGCCAUAAUCUGCUCUGCGGGCUUCGUCAUGGGCGAGAUGUACACUCGUGCCCAGGUCUCCAUCAAACGGCUCCGCUCAAUCAGCUACUCGCCUGUCUUCUCACACUUCACCGACUCCAUAUCUGGCCUGGGCGUCAUCCGGGCCCGUAAUGGCAUGGACCACGUCUUUCAGACCCAGCUGGCUGAAAAGCUGGCCGUUCACUCACGUACCGCGGAGGCACAGUACAACUGCAAUCGUUGGGUCUCUGUGCGAUCCGAUUUCUGCGCCGCCUCCGUGUCCGCAGCGGCAGGCUGUGUCGCUUACUUUUGGUCUGGCUCGGCCGGCCUCGUGGGCUUCUCACUAACCAACGCCAUCGGACUCAGCCAGACGAUUCUCACAUUAGUCCGCACAAUGAACGAAUUGGAAGUCGAACUCAACUCAUUCCAGCGCAUGAAAGAAUACGCGGAGAUCGAGCCAGAGGAGAACCUCACCGCAGAAGAGCACCACAGGGCCCUGACCACCCUCCCGGCCAGCUGGCCCACGUCUGGCCGCGUGGAGUUCUCCAACGUCACGGCGCGCUACCAGCCCGACGGGCCCGACGUCCUCCGUGGCGUUUCCUUCGUAGCCCAUCCAGGCGAACGCAUCGGCAUAGUCGGCCGCACCGGAAGUGGCAAGAGCACCCUAGGUCUCUCCCUGCUACGGUUCGUGGACAUCGUCAGCGGCACCAUCACCAUCGACGGGGUUGACGUCAGCCGCAUCCUUCUGAAUCGCCUACGCACCAGCGUCACCCUUAUCCCGCAAGAGCCCGUUCUCUUCUCAGGAACCGUCCAGUCAAACCUAGACCCCUUCGGUGAAUCCAGCGAAUCGGAACUCCAAUCCGCCCUAUCAGCCUGUGCCUCCUCCAUCCACGUCCCUGUCACCGAUUACCACCUCCCAUCUCCACCCCCCGCAACAGCCACUACCACAGACACAGAAGCACCACCCAACAAACCGACCCGCCGCCCCCUCACCCUCGACACCCCAGUGGCCGCCAACGGCGAGAACUUCAGCCAAGGCCAGCGCCAGGUCCUGAGUCUCUCGCGCGCCCUCUGCCGUCGCUCGAAGGUCGUGCUCCUCGACGAAGCGACCGCCUCCGUCGACCACGAGACGGAUCUGCAUAUGCAGCAGGUGCUGCGGGAGAUGUUCUCUGAUUGCACGAUCAUCGCAAUCGCGCAUCGGCUUCGCACGAUCAUGGAUUACGAUCGUGUGUUGGUGAUGGCUGGGGGUGAGAUUGUCGAGAAUGAUUCGCCUCGGAAUUUGGUCGCCAGGCAGGGGGCCUUUUGGAAUAUGUUGCGGAAUACGGGGGAGUAUGAGGAGUUGGUUUCGAUGAUUGGGGGGGUUGAGGAGGGGAGGUCUUCUUGA